GAACCAUAACAGAGAGAGAUAAAUACUCUCUGAUCUUCUUCUUCAUUAUGCAAUCAGUUGCGAUUGUUAGACGAUCAAUGGCGAGUAUAUCGAGUUCAAUGUCAAUUAAGCAUGGGAUUUCACUUUGGUGUCCUCAAUCUCCAUCUCUCGAUCGUCAUCAUUCUUCGGUGAUUUAUUCCAGAAGCUUCCAUCGGAGAAACUUCGUUGUUUCUGCAUCGUCCUCUUUUGCAAAUCAGAAUCGAGAGUUUGUGAUAGUUGGAGGUGGAAAUGCUGCUGGAUAUGCAGCUAGAACUUUCAUCGAACAAGGGAUGGCUGAUGGAAAGCUCUGUAUUGUUUCCAAAGAGGCAUAUGCUCCAUAUGAGCGCCCGGCUCUGACAAAAGGUUACCUGUUUCCUUUAGACAAAAAGCCAGCUCGUUUGCCAGGGUUUCAUACUUGUGUGGGCUCUGGAGGUGAGAGGCAGACUCCUGAAUGGUACAAGGAGAAAGGGAUAGAGAUGUUUUAUGAAGAUCCGGUGACAGCAAUUGAUGCAGAGAAGCAAACAUUAACAACAAAUUCAGGAAAAUUGCUCAAAUAUGGAUCCCUCAUAAUCGCCACAGGGUGCAGUGCAUCUAGAUUUCCAGAGAAAAUUGGUGGAAACUUGCGUGGUGUUCACUAUAUACGGGAUGUUGCCGAUGCUGAUUCAUUAAUAUCAUCACUGGGAAACGCACAAAAAGUAGUUGUGGUUGGUGGUGGCUAUAUUGGCAUGGAAGUUGCAGCUGCUACUGUUGGCUGGAAACUUGACACAACUGUGAUAUUUCCUGAAAGUCAUCUUCUCCCAAGGCUCUUCACUCCUUCACUGGCCCAGAAAUACGAAGAACUCUACCAAGAGAACGGUGUCAAGUUCAUGAAGGGUGCCUCUAUCAAAAACUUGGAAGCUGGUCCUGAUGGAAAUGUUACUGCUGUUAAACUUGAAAAUGGGUCUACCAUUGAAGCAGAUUUGGUUAUUAUUGGUAUAGGAGCAAAACCUGCAGUCAGUCCUUUUGAUAAAGCUGUCGGUUUAAAUGCAACUGUUGGUGGAAUACAGGUUGAUGGUCUGUUUCGAAGUAAUGUACCAGGAAUUUUUGCUGUUGGUGAUGUAGCAGCAUUCCCACUGAAAAUGUAUAAUAGGAUUUCACGCGUAGAACAUGUGGAUCAUGCUCGUGGUUCGGCUCAGCAUUGCGUAAAAGCAUUACUAACUGCAAACACUCGCAAUUAUGACUAUCUCCCAUACUUCUACUCGAGGGUUUUCGAAUAUGAAGGAACCUCAAGGAAAGUAUGGUGGCAAUUUUUUGGCGAUAACGUGGGGGAGGCAAUUCAAAUUGGGAAUUUCGAUCCAAAAAUUGCGACCUUCUGGUUGGAAUCUGGUAAAUUGAAGGGGGUUCUUCUUGAAAGUGGAUCUCCAGAGGAGUUCAAAUUGCUGCCUAAACUUGCAAGGAGUCAACCAUCUAUUGACAAAGUCAAACUUCAAAGUGCAGCUUCAGUUGAGGAGGCCCUUCAAAUUGCUACAGCUUCUUUACAGAGGUAGAGAUGGAAUGAUAGACGGACACAUAGGCAAAAAGGCUUUAUCUAAGUAAUGCAGAAGGUACAACAAUGCAGAGCAUCUUCUCAAAAGCCUAUCCGUGAAUUCAAUCCUAAAACAUUGGCCUACUUUUUGGUUGUUGGCCAAUUAAUUGUUGAGUAAUAAAGUCAGUGUUUCUCCUGCUCUAAUAAAACCAAUAAUCUGCUGCUUAACUUUGUAUGUGUAGAUUUUAUUUUAUUUUUGAGUAAAUUACGUUUUCGUCCAUGUGAUUUAUUGAAAAUUGCUAUUUUUGACUCUUUGGUUUUUGAAAUUGUGAUAUUCAUCCAUGUGGUUUACAAU